GAACGGCCCGGGAGGCGGGGCCGCGGGCCCGGGGCGGGCAGGGUUGGUUGCGCGGCGCGGCGGCGGGUCGGGUGCUGUGAGGGGAGGCAGGAAAAUGGCGCUGACGCAGGGCACGAAGCGCAAAGUCUGCUACUACUACGAUGGGGAUGUUGGGAAUUAUUAUUAUGGCCAAGGACAUCCCAUGAAACCCCACAGGAUCCGCAUGACCCACAACCUCCUGCUCAACUAUGGGCUCUACAGGAAGAUGGAGAUCUAUCGUCCUCACAAGGCCAAUGCAGAGGAGAUGACCAAGUACCACAGCGAUGACUACAUCAAAUUCCUCAGGUCCAUCCGCCCUGACAACAUGUCUGAGUACAGCAAGCAGAUGCAAAGAUUUAAUGUUGGGGAGGACUGCCCUGUGUUUGAUGGGCUCUUUGAGUUCUGUCAGCUCUCUGCUGGAGGCUCUGUUGCCAGUGCUGUGAAGCUGAACAAGCAGCAGACAGACAUCGCAGUGAACUGGGCUGGAGGGCUGCACCACGCCAAGAAAUCAGAGGCUUCUGGGUUCUGCUACGUCAACGACAUCGUGCUGGCCAUCCUGGAGCUCCUCAAGUACCACCAGCGAGUGCUGUACAUUGACAUCGACAUCCACCACGGGGAUGGGGUGGAGGAGGCUUUUUACACCACAGACAGGGUCAUGACCGUGUCCUUCCACAAAUAUGGAGAAUAUUUCCCAGGAACUGGGGACCUGAGGGACAUCGGGGCAGGCAAAGGGAAGUACUACGCUGUCAAUUACCCGCUGCGGGACGGCAUCGACGACGAGUCCUACGAAGCCAUCUUCAAGCCUGUGAUCUCCAAGGUGAUGGAGACGUUCCAGCCCAGCGCUGUUGUCCUGCAGUGUGGCUCCGAUUCCCUGUCUGGGGACAGGCUGGGCUGCUUCAACCUCACCAUCAAAGGCCAUGCCAAGUGUGUGGAGUUUGUGAAGAGCUUUAACCUGCCCAUGCUGAUGCUGGGAGGAGGGGGGUACACGAUCCGGAACGUGGCUCGCUGCUGGACCUACGAGACUGCUGUGGCUCUGGACACUGAGAUCCCCAAUGAACUUCCUUACAACGACUACUUUGAGUACUUUGGGCCAGACUUCAAGCUCCACAUCAGCCCCUCCAACAUGACCAACCAGAACACCAACGAGUACCUGGAGAAAAUCAAGCAGAGGCUCUUUGAGAACCUGAGGAUGCUCCCUCAUGCUCCUGGGGUCCAGAUGCAGCCAAUUCCUGAGGAUGCUGUCCAGGAGGACAGUGGGGAUGAGGAGGAGGAUGAUCCUGAGAAACGCAUUUCCAUCCGAAAUUCCAACAAGAGGAUCUCCUGUGAUGAGGAAUUCUCUGACUCCGAGGACGAGGGCGAGGGAGGGCGCAAGAACGUCGCCAACUUCAAGAAAGCCAAACGUGUGAAGGCAGAGGAGGAGAAGGAGGAGGAGGAGAAGAAAGAUGAGAAAGAAGAGGAAAAAGCAAAAGAGGAAAAAGCAGCAGCAACAGCAGCAGCAGAACCCAAAGGGGUGAAGGAAGAGACAAAAUCCACCUGAGUGGCUGCAGCUGCCUGCUUGGUGUAGGUUUAGCUCCUGGGCUGCCUCCUCCCCACAGGAUCUCUAUUUUAUAUAUGUUUUCUGUAUAUAUUUCUAUAUAAUUGUAUAAAUGACUGGAGAACUGUAAAUUAUUCCUGGCUGCUCUGCCCUGGGAGCAGGCAGGGCAGGAUUCUGAGCAGCCCAGCUUUGGUGAGCAGGGAGUUUCACCCUUUGCCUUCCACUGCCCCUCCUUGGUGUGGCUCUGCAAACACAAAAAUCACUUCCUCCCCUUCCCCCUCUCUGAAACAACCUUGGAAAAGAAUAAUUUAAGUAGGAGUAGUGUCUGCAGUACAGCUUAGGUGCAAAGAUGGCCAUCCAUUCUUGGUUUUCCUCUCUUUUUUUUUGGUGUUUUAAUGGGAGAAUUCCCACAUGAAGCCUGGGAGAGACUUUUGUGGUUUCCAGUUGGAUUCCACCACGACAAAAAAACAAAACCCUGCCAGCUGGUGCCACUUCUCAGGGUCAGAAUUGUGCAGUUCUUGAAGAGAGUUGGCUCCUCCCUGCAGCAAACUUGGGGAAAGAGAUGAAGCAGCUGAAAAGAAACCUGAAAAAAAAGAAACCUGAAAAAAAGAAACCUGAAAAAAAGAAACCUGAAAAAAAAGAAACCUGAAAAAAAGAAACCUGAAAAAAAAAAAAGAAACCUGAAAAAAAAGAAACCUGAAAAAUCCCUUUUUUUUUUUUUUCCUGUGUAUUUUUUUUAAAGUGAAUCAGCCCCAAAGCCCAGCUCUGGAAAAUCUCAAAUUCUAAAAUUCAAAUCCCCCUCAGGGGGAUGCCAGGAUCUGGAUCCAGGGGUGCACUCCAGGGAGGGAAGGGAUGGGAUUUCUUACCUGGCUUUUUAUUCCCCUCUCUGGGUGGGGAGGAAAUUCCUCCCUUGUGGCUUCAUUUUUCUCCUGGAUCCCCUCAGAGCCAGCCCAGAGCCCAGCUGACAUCUUCUCAUCACCUGUGUCCCUAAAAACUGAUUUUUUCCCUGAUUUUUAAGCCAAGUUUUCCCAACCUUUUCAUCCUGCAGGAACAGCAGAGGGGGCUCUGAGCCUUUUCACAGCUCCUCCCUUCUCACCUUUCCCCUCUCCUUUUUGGAGAGAAAAAAACCCCAAUUUUUAUGGGGGAGAAAUUGGGAUUUUUUACAUUUUUUGUUGGUUUUUUUUUUUUUCCAGGCAGUUCCCACUCGCUGCUCUCCUUUCUCAGGGGGAUCCCUCUGGAAUUCUGGACUCAUUCCAGAGGUUUUGCACCCUCCCACGGGAGCACUGCUGAGGUUUCAACUCCAAUAAUGCUGCUAAAAACUUCACACAGCUUCUUUUUCAAAGGGUUUAUUUUUUUAAUUCCUCCUUUUCUCCCCUCUCCCUUCUUUCCCCUCCCCUCACUGUGGAGUUUUUUAGUCUCUUUGGGGUCUGAGUGAGCUUUUCACUCUGAUUUUCAGUGUUUUUAUGUGAAGCAAGAGAGAGAUCAGUGUAACUUUUUGUCUGGGGGAUGUGGGAGGGAGGGGAAAAUCUAUUGUGGUUUUUUAAAGAAGCGUUUAUUUUGAAUUUUCAGAACCUUUGUAAUAAAACUGCUCCAUUUC